UUUGCUUUGCCAAUUAUAUCAAAUCCACAUGGUAUCAGAGCAUUAUCAUUUAGCUAUAUUCUUUCUUUGAAUUUUCUUCUAUGGCCAUCGGGGAGGAAGAACCAUCCUCUGCCAUAUCCUCCUCUCCAAAAAUGGAGUACACCAUCUCCUUUCUUUUUAGGACCUCAAGAUCGACCAGGAGAUUUUAUUACUCCCGUCCGUCUUACCGGCGAUAACUAUGAUGACUGGUCAAGCUCCGUUCGUCUUGCUCUUCGGGCUAGACGUAAAUUUGUAUUUAUCAACGGCACCAUCACUGAACCAACACCUCCUUGGACCGAGGAAGAUUGGCUGACAAUACACUCCAUGUUAGUCUCUUGGAUAUUAAACACGAUAUCUCCCGAGGUAAAAACUACUCUUUCAAAAUUUGAUGAUGCAAAACUACUUUGGGAUGAUUUGAAAGAACGUUUUUCCAUUGUUGAUGGUCCUAAAAUUCACCAAGUUAAAUCUGAUAUCGCCCACUGUGAGCAAUCUAAAACUCAAACUGUUGCGAUUUACUAUGGAAAAUUGAAAGUGUUGUGGGAUGAACUCAAUAAUUAUGAACCAUUAAUUGCGUGUUCUUGUGGAAAGUGUACAUGUAAAAUCAACUCCUUGCAUGAACAACGACGAGAGUCGGAACGACUUCAUCAAUUUUUGAUGGGUCUUUCCGCCGAUUUUUAUGGUCAAAUACGAUCUCAACUGCUCUCACAAACUCCACUCCCCACACUUAAUCGUGUUUUUCAACAAAUAUCUCAAGAAGAGCGGGUACGAGGAAUUAUGCAAAAUAAAAAUAAGGAUGAUCAUUCUGAAAUUUUGGGUUUUGCCGUGCAUGGUGGGCGGCCAAAACCAGAUCAUAAGAUUGACAAAACUAAUCUCUUAUGCACACAUUGUAAGUCACGUGGGCAUGAAUUAUCUAGCUGCUUUGAAAUAAUUGGGUAUCCUGAAUGGUGGGGCCCGCGCCCAAGAAUUUCACAUGCAACUGCCAAGAAGCCAGCUCGUGAAACAGGCUCCAACUUUUCUCCUCUACAGCUUGGAAUGCGUCCAGAUUAUCGCAGCUCUACAGGAAACCAAGGCAAUCAGUCACUGCUUCACCACCCAAGUGGACCUCCACGCCAGAUGGGACGCCCAAAUGGGUCCACUCGUGCCCAUGUUGUUUCCGCCGCUGGAGAUAGCGGUUUUGACACGUUGGCUGCAGGGUCAACAUCUGCCAACUCCUUACCUAUGGAGCCCAUGCACGGACCUCUGCCGGGUUUCUCACAUGAUCAAUGGCAGUCUCUAUUUGCCGCUUUCGGUAGUUCUUCUUCUCCGUCUUGCCGUAUGACUGAUACGUUUGAAUCUACCUCUGGGAUAAUAGAUAGUGGGGCUUCUAAUCAUAUUACGGGUGAUUUAUUAAACCUCCUGCAUGUAUAUGAUAUCCCCUCUCGCAUGGUUACCCUUCCUAAUGGCCAACAGUCAGUAGCUAACAAAGCUGGAAGAAUUUUAUUAUCAAAGGAUUUUUGGUUACUCAACGUACUCUUUGUGCCGGAAGUGAAGUGCAACUUACUUUCAGUCUCUCAACUUAUUAAAGAUAAUAAAUGCUUUGUACAAUUUUCAUUUAACAUUUGUGCUAUACAGGACCUUCACUCGAAGAAAGUGAUUGGGCUGGGUGAACAAAGGGAUGGACUUUAUUAUUUCUGUACGGAAGGUGUAACACAAGCUCUUGCAGUCAGAAACUCAUCUACAACUAUGAAUGUUUGGCAUCAACGUUUGGGACACCCUUCUGAAAGUAUUGUACAGUGGUUAUUUCCCAAUGAUGCUCCUAAAAAGAAUUUCCCUAACCCGUGUGAAAUAUGUCAUAAGGCAAAACAGUCAAGGGAUUCUUUUCCUUUGAGCAUCAAUAAAACUACCAGAACAUUUGAACUUAUUCAUUGUGACGUUUGGGGGCCUUAUAAUACUCCCUCUUCAUGUGGUGCUAAAUGUUUUUUAACGCUAGUGGAUGAUUUUUCUCGAGUUGUUUGGGUUUAUUUGUUGCUUGAUAAAAC